UCACGAGCUAAGCUUUGGUGAGUGAUGGAUAUUAUGGAUAAACUUCUGGGUCGUAAAAACUGAUCCUGAGAGCGGUGUCUGGCAUUGGAACGACCGGGGAGGGCUUCAUAAGAAAUGGAUCAGGACCUGCUCUCCGUGCGUUGCGCACUCCAAGACCUCAUCACUGAAUUGUCUAAGAUCGGCGAUGGAGACAGACUGGUGGAGGUGCUGUCCAGUGCCAGGCGGUACCUCGGAGAAGGAGACCCCCCGGCGUCUGCUCAGGAGAUUGCUGAAUUCAACAGAGCACAUUACACCCCUUUCCUUAGGUUUUUAGUGGCUCAAAUUGGGCCACAGUGGUUUGACCUUCUGACGUCUGACCGUCUGGAUCUGUGGGACAGUUUUUUCUUAGAGGGUCCAGCAGACCAGGCUUUCCUAGUGCUGAUGGACAGCUUGGUGAGGACAGGACCCUGUAUCCGCCUCGAUCGCUGUGUUCAUGUACUGGAGAAGUUCUUGCAGCGCGGCGCUCUAGCCGAGGUCAUCUGGGAGGUUUGUCAGCAGCAGCUGGAGGCCACGCCAACCCCGGUCUUACACGAAGCCAUCCUAAUGAGGAUCUGCAGCUUACCCGACCACUUGGCUAAUUGUCUCCAAAAACACAAUAAAGCUGUUUUCUACCCCCAAAACUAUUAUCCCCAUAUGGGGAACGCCAUACUAUGUGUGCUGCAGAUGGUUUCUGUGUCUCUGAGAGAUGGGAAAGGUUGCUCCAUCUCUUUUGUGUCUCAGCUCCUGGGAAAAGUCUGUAUGCAAGGUCGACAAAGGGAGCUCCUCUCUGUACUGGUACCCCGCUUGACCACGCUUGUCCAGUCGGACUGCAUCUGGCAGAGGAUCUGUUGGAGGCUGAUUGAGUCUGUUCCUGACAGGUGGAUGGAACCGGUGGUCGCUGGUCUUGUUCAGAUGGCAGAUGGGCCUGCGACUCUUUCCCGGUUACUGGGAGAUCUGGUUGUGAAGAAUAAGAAGACUCAGUUCUUGCUGACUAAGAAGAUGCUGUUUUUGCAGUAUGGUCACAAGAAAGAGGCACUGCAGAGCAUUCUGGGAUAUUUGGCUAUGGAGAUUAGUCGCCGUCCAUUGCUGAUUAAGGUACUGAAGGAGCUUCUGGAAGUGUGGUCAUCUGGCAGUGCAGUUAAACACUCGCCCUAUCCCCAGCUCCUUUACCUGAGUAGCUCCAUUUUAAUUUGCUUGGGUCUCUUGAACAAAGAAGAAAUUGAAGGCUGUAAGCAAGAGCUACUCUUCGCCCUGACUUCUGGGACCCGCCACUAUCUGGACAGUUCUCUUUCUCCAGCCAGAUGCUUGGGCAUGGUAGUCGCUGAAUGUCUGAGCCGCUAUAUGGAACCUGGAGGUCCCAGUCUUACUUUCCAAUAUCAAGAAGGUGAGGAAAUCAAAGACCUGAAGUCACUGCUGACCCCUCCGUCCAUUUCUGCACUGGAUCCUGCAGAGAGCGUAACGGCUUCACCUGAGAGCUCUCAGUCCAGAAUUCAGCCUUCCAACAGUAACGAACGGGAGAAAGAGCCCAAAGCUGAUGUUGGGUCGGACUCUGAACUCGAUAGUGAUGAUGACCUGACUCCAUAUGACAUGAGUGCCGACACCGAGCUGAAGAAAAGCAAAAUUCCAGCAUAUAUCCGGGAUUGCUUAGAAGUUCUGUUGUCAAAAGAUGUGGAAAAAUUGGAGGUGACCAUGAGUUCGUUAUCCAGCUUGAUUCGUUCAAACCCCUCGGCCACCAGAGAGGUCAGCACAGAGCUUGUCAAAAUCCUCUUGCACCUUGAUGACUGCCUCGGCGUGGAGAAUUUCACACAGCUGAGAUAUGCAGCCAUGGUUUCUGUCACUGUUAUUGAUCCUGUACCGGUGACUCAGUAUAUUACCGGAGAAUUCUACACCUUAAACUACAGCCUGCGACAGCGAAUGGAUAUAUUAGACGUUUUAGCAGCUGCAGCUAAGGAGCUUUCAGAGUCUGUGAAUCCAAAAAAAGAAGAGGCCCCUGAGACAGCGACGUGUGAUUUCCACUCUCCUAGUAGCACACAUGGGAACAUAAAGGAUGAUGCACCCAUUGACUGGAGGAAAAUUGUAGAGGAGAGGAUUGCAAACAAAACUAGGCGCUUUGCCAAGGGACAUACAAGUGCCACCCCAGCUUCCACACCAAACAGAUUUCAUGCAGUUGCAGGACACUUCUUUUUCCCACUUAUACAGAACUAUGACAGGCCUGUCGUGACAUUUGACCUCCUGGGGGAAGAUCGCCUGAUCCUUGGAAGACUAGUUCACACGCUGGGCAUCCUGAUGCACCUGGCUUUAAAUUCUAUGAUUGCUUCUCAGAUGGGGAAGGCAUUGCUGGAGUUUGUCUGGGUCCUUCGCUUUCACACUGAUCCGUUUGUGAGACAGGGUCUCCUGUUUUGCGCUAUCACCAUCCUGCUAAGUGUUCCCUGGGCGCUACUCAUGGCUGACAUGUCCGAAGAGGUGCUGGAAUUGAAAUGCUGGCUGUCAGAUGUGAUUGAGACCGAUGCUGAUGAAGAUUGUCAUCGUCUUGCCAUGAGUGGACUGCUGCUCAUGGAUAAAUUACAGAAUAACCUCCAGUGACCCGCUGUACUGAAAUGGAGAGGAUUUUAUAUUGGAAUUGGGUCUAUGGCUGUAUUUUCAGAACCACGUAUGUCACCAGAAGCCACACAAUGCAUAGCUCCAGUGUUCCUGCACGGGGGAAGAAUACUCUGCUGGAUGAAUUUUGCUUUAUUGCUCAAUAACCAGAUGAACUACACGCAGGGAUUCUCCAUUUGCGGUCCUCCAGCUGUUGUAAAACUACAACUCCCACCUGU